AUGCUAUUUAUCUUAAUUGUUCUGAUUUGGAGGAAAAGCAAAGAACUGGAAGAUUAUGAUGCAACUAAUAAGAUAUCUUCCAAAUCCUUCACACAUCCACCAAAAAUAUUCCAGGAAGGUACAACUUCUAUACUUACAAAAUACAGCUAUAAGGGGACAAAGAAGGCAACCAACAACUUCAGCACAGCUAUUGGACAGGGAGGAUUUGGCAUAUACAAAUAUGAAUUUAAGGAUGGUUCCGUGGUAGCAGUGAAGAGAAUGAACAAGGUUUCUGAGCAGCAUGAUUAUGAGUUUUGCAGAGAAAUAGAACUGCUUGCUCGACUACAUCAUCGUCAACUUGUUUCUCUAUGGGGAUUUUGCACUGAAAGGCUUGAGAGGUUUCUCAUGUAUGAGUACAUGCCAAAUGGAAGCUUAAAGGAUCAGCUUCACAAUCCAGGUACAACUCCUCUCAGUUGGCAUACUAGAACUCAAAUAGCUAUUGAUGUUGCAAACACUUCGGUUGCAGAUUUUGGCCUUGCUCAUGCUUUAAAUGAUGGUUUUAUUUGCUUUGAACCAGUAAAAACCGAGAUCAAGGGAACUUUAGGUUAUAUGGAUCCUGAGUAUGUUAUCACCCAAGAGCUUAUAGAGAAAAGCAUGAACAAGGCCAAUUACUACACCAACAGUUUUUGGACCAGUUCCAGUUCAGAUUCUUUCUGGUUGGAAUCCAUAUAUGACAAAAAACCAACACAAAAAUAUUCAAAAAGUCUUACCUCCAGAAACAAAAAAGCACAAACCAAACUACCGGAAGAUCAAGCCAAAUGA